GCCUGGACGUCAGAGUACUCCUGGGGAGGGCGAGAGACUGAAUCUGCUCCGAGCUCAGUGACAGCCAGCUCGCUGGAAGCGCACGGCGACUCAACAAGCUCACAGACUGACAAUCAACAGAUUGCGAUGACAUUGCCUGGAAGCCAUCAGUGAGGAGCAGGUCCGAGUGCAGCUAAGGACAGGAUGGCAGCAACAGGGUGACUGCCAGCGCAGCGAUGCCCAUCCGAGGCAGAUGUGGUGGGCACACCAUCGCGGUAAAGCUAAGAAGGAUGCAGAGCGGCAGAGGAGCUGUCAAUCAUCUAAGAAGAGGUGCCUAGACCCGGAGAACCACCACGCAGGGCUCAUCCGAUCACAGGGGUGCGGCUGCUCAGGGGACUCAUCUUCACCCAUCCAGCAGCAGAGGUGGGCGCCCACUGCCCAGUGGCUAAGAGUGUGAUAACCUUGAUAAAAGGCAGAGGUGGGGGACCAAGAAGGGGUGAGGACUCCAAUUAUUAAAAGCUGGAGACAUGACUGUGGUCUCGGGAGAGAACAUAGAUGAGACUCUGGUGUCCCUCAGUGCCCUGGGGCAAGAGGGUUAUGACCCAGAGAGGGCCACUCAGGACUGCUGCGAGAGGGUGGUCAUCAAUAUCUCAGGGCUUCGCUUUGAGACCCAGCUCAGGACUCUUGCUCAGUUCCCUCAGACCCUUUUGGGGGACCCCAGGAAGAGGAUGCGCUUCUUCGACCCCCUGCGGAACGAGUACUUCUUCGAUCGCAACCGCCCAUGCUUUGACGCCAUAUUAUAUUAUUACCAGUCUGGGGGCCGGCUCCGCAGACCUGUUAACGUCCCCGUGGACAUUUUCCUGGAGGAGAUGAAGUUCUACGAACUGGGUGAGGAGAUCAUUGAGAUUUUUAGAGAUGAUGAAGGGUUCAUUAAAGAGGAAGAGAAACCCCUACCGGAAAAUGACUUUCAGAAACAGGUUUGGUUGCUGUUUGAGUAUCCUGAAAGUUCAGGACCUGCCAGAGGAAUUGCUAUUAUCUCUGUUUUGAUCAUUCUCAUUUCCAUAGUUAUAUUUUGCUUGGAGACCCUUCCUGAAUUCAGGGAGGAUGGCAAACACACAGGUGAGCACCUGAUGGCCAAUGGAACCCAGUCCGCAAAAGACAGCCCCUUCACCGACCCUUUCUUCCUUAUUGAAACUCUUUGCAUUAUUUGGUUUUCCUUUGAGCUCUUGGUCAGGUUUUUUGCCUGUCCCAGCAAGCCUGCUUUCUUCAAGAACAUGAUGAAUGUCAUUGAUAUUGUGGCCAUUAUCCCCUAUUUCAUUACCUUGGGCACAGAGCUGGCAGAACAGCAAGGUAACAAUGGGCAACAAGCUAUGUCCUUGGCUAUAUUGAGGGUAAUCCGCUUGGUGAGGGUCUUCAGGAUUUUCAAGCUAUCAAGACAUUCCAAAGGGCUCCAAAUCUUGGGCAAAACCCUGCAAGCCAGUAUGAGGGAAUUGGGUCUUCUCAUAUUUUUCCUCUUCAUUGGGGUCAUUUUGUUCUCUAGUGCUGUCUACUUUGCAGAGACUGAUGACCCAGAUUCUCUCUUCACCAGCAUCCCGGAUGCCUUCUGGUGGGCUGUGGUCUCCAUGACCACAGUGGGCUAUGGUGACAUGUAUCCACUGACCAUUGGUGGCAAGAUAGUAGGUUCCCUGUGUGCCAUAGCUGGCGUGCUAACCAUUGCCCUCCCAGUCCCUGUCAUUGUCUCCAAUUUUAACUACUUCUACCACAGGGAGACUGACCAUGAAGAGCAGUCCCAGUACACUCAUGUCACCUGUGGACAGCAACCCUCUUCUUUUGGUGAGCUAAAAAAAACUGACAGCAAACAGUCCUUUAAUAAAUCUGAGUACAUGGAGUCAGAAGACCUAGAGGAUGGCAGAUUUCCUCACUUAACCACCAACCAACACUAUGGCGAACAAAAAAAGUUAACUGAGGUAUGACCUCUUUGGUAAGUUCCUCAGACUGUCCGUAAAAAGCUAAAGGGUCUUGAUGUUAACGACCUCAUUAAUAGUGCUGGCCAUGUAGAAGAAGGUCAAUGCACUGUGGAUGGUUAAGCAUAUGCAGUAGAGAAUGAAAAUCCUAGGUGUAAGGUUGUCUUAGAAUUACUAUAUUGCUAGUGUUUGACCAACUGUGAAGAUCGCUGGGUUCGUAAAAAAAAAAAAAAAAAAAAUUGGUACAUCAUCUGCACAUGGUAAAGGUGACUUAGUAACCUAGUUCAAAUAAUUACCUCCAAGCAAAUGCCCCCUUUGCGUGGUCUGUAAGUGGCUUCUUGUGAGGACUAUAUUUAUGCGACAAUGUGUUUCCAUCAGUGUUUCCCAAGGAUUAUUACACCACGCAGUAGCUGGGAAAUGCCAUCCUGUAGGAAUUACACACUAGCACAUUAUUAACAUGGCAUAAGCUGCUACGGAUAGAUUUUUGCAACAGUGCCAUUCAAUGACAAGAACUCAAUAACACAGUGUUCUUGGGGACUUAGAGGAGACACAAGGGCUGCACAAGACCAGCUGUUGUGGAGCGGGGACGAAAAGUUAAGAACGCAUUUCCUAUUUUAAUUUUUACUUUUUUUUUGGCUUAGCCCAGCUUUUGAUCUGCUAUUUAUUCUUAUUUGCACAAACAAUGGAAAUAAAAAUUGUCUCUGAGAUGGAGAGGUUAUCAUAACAAAGCCAUUACAAUGGGAAAAAUGAAGAUUCCCAAUUUUGACUGAGCAACUGGUUCUUAUUUUGUCACCUCUGUGUAUAAACAUCUGCAGUUUUUGCACAUUCUCUUAAUUUGUUUACAUCAUUGCCGUGCGUGGCAUUUUUUUUUAACCCUUUGGCUGCUAGGGAUUCCUGCAAAAUCAUCUUCUUGGAAAAAAAAGGGUUCAUUUUGUUUAGCCUUUUUUUUAUUUUUUUUAUUUAACCAAAUAUUUUCGUAAGUGCCUUCAUGUGUAGGGUCAGAAUUUUGGGUUGUGUAUAUAUUUUUUUUUUUUGCAUUGACACUUUUGACCAGAUUAUUAAAAUAUAUCAGUGGUGAAGAUGAACCUUAAUGAAGGGGUCACAGGUUAUCAGGCUGGAAAUGAAAUCAUACUGUGCUCUCAGUGGAUUAUGUUGCAUUAAUGUUAUAGUAGCCAUACAUGCACUUAAAUAUAUUAUUUUUCAUUA